AGAGUUCAAUAACGAGGCCACAUCAUCAUCAAAUGACCAACCGACUACAUUUUUUUUGGAUUCUAUUAGUGGUGUCGUGUACUAUGCAUAACUACGGCGAGAAGAAAAGAAAGGAGGUAGUUGCUCAGCCCUGCAACCUUGCCCUCCUUAAAUUCGCUUAAGAUAAGAUCCUCUUCUCUUUAAUCUUGCACAUAAAAGCUUUCAGCUUUCAGGAAAACAGCAAGAUUCAAAAAGAGAGUUUUCUUUGAACCUAAUCCCCAUCUUACAGCCAAGAAUUUCCUAACUGCACACUCAAUUCCUCAGUAAGAAUAUAUUCUUAGCUUGUUAAUCCCUUUUUCUCUUGUAUAGCCUCAAUUCAAGCAAGAAUGUCUUUUUGAGGGCAUGGACUUCUUCUUUCUUAUCGAGGGCUGUAAGUGUCUGAAGUUAGAAAACAUGUCAAAGAGUUGUUUUUGAACGCUCCUAUCUGCUAGAAUGGGUAGAACUCUGUUUGAAAUCAAGCAAAAAGAUGGUUUUUCUAUAAACCCACCUCCUCUAUCACCCCCCUCUUCAAUCUCAACUCCUUACAACAGUUUCAACUAUGAAAAACAAUCAAGUUCAUCUUCAUCAUCAUCUUUUAACAGAAAUAGUCCUGUACUUCUUUUGGUUAUAAUAAUUCUAGCUGUCAUAUUCUUUGUUUCUGGUGUUCUCCACUUGCUUGUUAGAUUUUUCAUGAAAAGGUCACAUUUUUCACCAAUCUAUCACUCCCAUAGAUUCGCAGAGACCUCAAGGUCUCAUUCUCUGCAAAGACAGCUUCAACAACUCUUCCGGCUGCAUGACUCGGGUCUAGACCAAGCUUUCGUUGAUGCUCUACCUGUGUUUUAUUAUAAAGAUAUCAUGGGUUUGAAGGAGCCAUUUGAUUGUGCGGUUUGUCUAUGUGAAUUCUCAGACAAGGACAAGCUCAGGUUGCUUCCCAUGUGUAGGCAUGCCUUUCACAUUGACUGUAUUGAUACGUGGCUUCUUUCAAACUCUACUUGCCCUCUUUGUAGAGGGACCCUUUUGAGCUCCAGUUUUCCCAUGGAAAAUCCAUUGUUCAAUUUUGAUUUUUUGAUGGAAGUCUCAAAUGAGUUCUCCAGCGAUGGAGAAAAUGGGUCUUCCAACGGUCCAAAACCAAGUAAUAUGGAGGAAAGUGUAGGCGAGAAGAGGGUAUUCUCGGUGAGACUUGGGAAGUUCAGAAGCCUGACUGAGGGAGAACCUAGCAGGGAGAGUGGACAAGGAGAGACUAGUAAUUUGGAUGCUCGAAGAUGUUACUCAAUGGGCACAGUUCAAUAUGUGGUGGGCGAUUCAAAUCUGCAAGUGGCCUUGUCUCAUGAUACUAUUAAUGGCAGAGGAGACAAUGAGUGCCCUUCAAUUGGUGGGGAUAUGGAAGAUAAGAAAAUCAGAGGCAGGACAAGAGGGGAUAGCUUCUCAGUAUCCAAGAUUUGGCUUUGGUCUAAGAAGAAUAGAUUUCCAACUUGUUCAAGUACACAUAUGGAUAUGUCUUCUCUUUCACGUACACAUAUGGAUAUGUCUUCUUUUAGUGUAAGUUAAUUUGGCAAUCAAUGAUAGAGCCUGCAACUAUAAGAGAUGUAUUAACUAUAUUGUUUUGGCGAUUCUUAUCCAUUGACCAUUCACUUA